AUGAUGGCAGAAAAAGUUGUGGAAACCAAUCCUUUAAAGACUUCCCCUAAACGAAAUCUAGCUAAGCGAGCCAAUACCUCAAAAGAAAUAGUUAACUCCUUAAUAUAGAAAAUUUUAUAUUGCAAUAUUAGCAUACUGUCUACUAUAUUAAAUAAAAUAUUUAAUAAAUAUAUUAAUAAAGCAGGAGUAAACAACCUCCAUCUCCCAGCACCAAUCGUGUAUUUAUGAGUCGCAAUAACUCCAAAGAUAACCAUCUCAACAGCUCACUCAAUUAUAUUUCCGAUUUAGAAAAGAGAGUUAAAGAAGAUAAACUGCUUAAAGAAGUUUAUGGGAUAGAGCAAAGGGCUUACUCAAAAAUUCCUGCAGGAAAUCCAUUGCCAAGCUCAAGCUACGGAGCUUUCAAAAGAAGACUUAAUCGCCCUAGAAGCCAGGUCAUUAGAGAUACCAAUUGAAGUCCUUAUAAAUCAGACAGCAGAAAGGACAUUUCGAAUAGCUCCCAAGCCCAAAGCAUUGAUAAACUUCCUCAACUGCCUCAAAUACAUCAAACUGAAGAAAAACCUUUUAGGAAAAUAUUGGAUGAAAUAGGAAAAGAUGGACAAUUUCAGCCGCAUGACGAAUAUCUAAAUAAAAACCAAGAAUUAGAUGGCUUAAAUCUGUCAAAUAAUUCUUUUGGAAGCAGCUUGAGUCCACCUAUUUACGCAAAAACUACUAUAAGAGAUACAGUUUUCGACCCAAUUACAGGGGAAAUAAGAAAAUACUCAGUAGACAGAUCCCCUUCAAGAUCUCUGGGGAAUAAAAACCCAGAACUAACUCCAGACAUUUCAUAUGGAGAUAAGCCAAAUUCUGAGAAGUUUCCAUCUCACAAUAGAUCGUUUUCUUAUGGAGAUGAAAAACUGCUGCAGCCUCAAAAUAACGAUUAUUUAAGUUCAUGAGCGAGCCGCGCAGGGAGUUCUGAAAAAUCUUUAUACCGUUUUCAGACGAACUCAAAAAUUCCGUUUUCUCAUGACCUCUUAAAAAUGCUAAACCCGAAGAAAAUAGUCAAAGGUAUGGGAUACCAAAGAUCGAAAAUUUUUUAUUAA